CAUUUUAUCUCCUCUGAGUUCACACUCAAUUUCCUAUAUAUAAAUAGCACACCAUUUCAUUAUUAUCUUCAUCUCCAACACUCUCAACAGCAUACACCAGCAACCAAACAGAGCCUUACACAGAAAUGGCUAGAGCCAGUACGUUUUUCGUUGUGCUCCUCCUCCUCUUCUCUCUCUCCUCUGCUGCUCGCCGCACUCCCACCGCUAACGAGAGCGUGGAUGCCACAGAUAAGGUUGUGACAGAGGGAACACAGGUGGAAGAUAGCUGCAAUGGAAUCACUGAAGAUGAGUGUUUGAUGAGAAGAACCCUCAUCGCCCAUACUGAUUAUAUCUAUACUCAGCAACAUAAUCCUUAGACAAAAUAUUUAUCACUUUCUUUUAUCUUUUUCUUGUCAUUUAAAUUUAAAUUAUAUAUGUAAGCUUGUGAUUAUAUAUGUUCAGAACAUGAUAGAAGCUUCUAUUAGACUGUAUUUGAUGGUUAACCGAUGAACUUAUAUUACCACUCCAUGUGUCCAUCCUAUGUUAGAUGAUACUUGGGUUUUUUUUAAAUUUUAUUUACUAUUUUAUGAAGUAAUCCUUAUUUA